AUGGACAUUAGGUGUGCUGGUGCUGAGAAUCAGCUUCUCCAUGUGGACCUCCAUAUUGAUGAGCAUGAACCUCGGAGAGGCAUCCUGGAUCUCCUCAGCAGACUCCGUCCUCUUUGGAAGGCACAGAACAUUCAGAUGAAGAAAUUCACAGAAGGCAUCACCAACCAGCUAAUUGGAUGCUACGUGGCAUCUCUCCAGGAGCCCGGCUGUGUUCUGGUGCGACUGUACGGCAAAAUGACGGAGCUCUACGUGAACAGGGACCUGGAGGUGGAGAUGUUCCAGGUCUUCCACGCCCACGGGUGUGGUCCACAGAUCUACUGCAGCUUCCAGAAUGGCAUAUGCUACGAGUUUGUUAGAGGAACGGUGCUGGAUGAUGAGCUGCUCCGACAACCAUCCAUCUACAGAUUGAUCGCAGCAGAGAUGGGAAAAAUCCACUCUAUCCAGCCAAAAUGUGCUCUGCCUGUUGAACCUCUUCUCUGGACAAAAAUGUCCAACUUUCUCACGCUGGUGCAGAGCAGUAGCCCAGCUAAGCAGCGCUGCACAAAAAGUGCCGUGGCUCUACGAGAGGUGCCCAGCUUUGAGACUUUGUCAGUGGAAAUGGAGUCACUGAAGAGACACCUCUCGCAGAUUGACUCGCCGACUGUCCUCUGCCACAACGACCUUCUCACAAAAAACAUCAUCUACAACCACAAAGAGGAAAUGGUGAAAUUCAUUGACUACGAGUACGCCAAUUACAACUACCAGGCCUUCGAUAUUGGCAAUCACUUCAAUGAAUUUGCUGGUGUGAACGACGUGAACUACAGCCUGUACCCGAGCCUGGAGCUGCAGAGGGACUGGCUGACGGCCUAUCUGGAGAGUUACAAGCGCAGCACAGGACAUGAGGUCACUGUGACAGAGGCAGAAGUUACGCAGCUCUACAUUCAAGUCUGCAAAUUCUCACUGGCAUCCAACUUCUUCUGGGGUCUUUGGGCCAUCCUGCAAUCACGGUUCUCCUCGAUUGACUUUGACUUCCAAAGAUAUGCAAUGGCACGAUUCAACUUUUACUUUGAGAAGAAAGACGAAUAUUUUGGAUUGACAAUAAUCUAGAAUCGAAGGAUAAAGGACCAAAAUCCAAGAAGUGUGACCAAAGUCCUUCUUUGGCAAUACAUACAGUACCGUGGAAGGCAUAGAAUUAGCUUAGACACAUUGUUUGUUAUUUCAGGCUGUAGUAUCAGAUAAUGUGUUUUGCUAUCACUGUGAUUUUUAAAAUAUUUGUUUAACCACAGCUAGUAUGCCGAUAAGCCGUUUUGGCAAAUUGAGACGGAGAUUGUGCCAGAAACACAUUAAUUGUUCCCACAUUUAGCAGAGUCGCAUAAAGCCACAAAAAAUGAGGCUGAUCAUAAAACCCAUAAGCGGGUUAUUUGCAUGCUUAUUCAGUGUGUACCACAGCUCUGAUGGAAAACAAGUUUCCAUUUUGGCUUAUUGACUGUACCAAGUAUUGCAUUAUUUUAAAUUCUUAUCUUUCGUAAGGACUACUGUUGUAAAGGUUUUAUAUACCUUACAGGAUGUUCACGAAUCAAACAGUAUUCUGCAAAUUUCAAAAUACAUUGCAAAUUCAUCAUUAUUUAAGUGCUAAAACAGCGUGUUUAAAGACAGUGAAUUAGGUUUGGGGAGCAAUAUAUAAAUCAUGUCAAAUUGGUCCUAAUUUUAGUGAAAUGCUCAGAGACUCAGACAUUUGUUCAAAUUACAAAACGGUUUCAGCUUCCAGAAAUAUUCGCUGUAUAAAAGCAUCUUUGCUCACUGACUGAUGGAAAGUGCUGUUACUACGCUUGUCUUUCAUUGCACUUC